UCCCCCAGUAGGGCCCCGAAGCGCCAAGCAGUCCGGAAACUGGGGGCGGCGUUUCUGCCGCGCUUGGGUUUCCGGACCUGUAGCCCGUGGCCUGAGACUUGGGGAGUGGGAUUACCCUUGGAGGAAUUUGUGGUGGUGAAAAGGAAAAGAGAAAUAAGUUUUUCUUUCCCUUUCCUGAGAACAAAGAAGAGAGUGAACAGUGAGCAGGCCUGAUCAUUCCUAGUUUUGUUUUUUUUUUUUUUCACUUUAACUGCUCGGAACUCUGCCUGUCUGUAACUAAAGUUUGCUUUUUCUGACCCCUGACUCUGCAGGAGCCACAAUUCACCCCCCCCCCCACCUUGGAAUCUAUGCUAAAUACACCCCCUACGUGGUGUUCACGCUUACAGCACCCUUCUCCUUGAAGUUACAUGUCAGAAAGAAGGCUCCCCAGAGCAACCGAGCCGCCAGACUCAGUUAUGGGUUACUGACGACAGUGUAGGACUGUCUUUUAAACAAUGCAAGAGGAAGAAAUCAAGAUCCUAUCACCUCUUUGGGGGCCUGCCUGUUGGCCCAGAAGAUAAAGAAUCUGCCUGCCGUUUGGAGACCCGGGUUCGAUCCCUGGGUCAGGAAGACCCCCUGGAGAAGGAAAUGACAAUCCACUCCAGUAAUUCUUGCCUGGAGAAUCCCAUGGACAGAGGAGCCUGGAGGGGCUCCAGUCCACGGGGGUCGCCAAGAGUCCGGAAGGACGGGAGCUCCGGGCUGAGCGAGGAAUUUGGACUUGCAGGAGCGGCGUUCACAGAUGCGAGGAGCCUGGGGGACGAACUCGUCACAAGUAACAGUAAGAAGCCAUGAAACAGCUGUUCUAUGGCUGGCGCUGCUGGCUGUCAGCGUCCCUGUGGUGCUUCUUUGGGAGCCUUCAGGGAACGUUCAUCACCAGGAACUCGAGACCCAACAUUGUCCUGUUCAUGGCGGACGACCUUGGGGUGGGAGAUUUAUGCUGCUACGGUAACAGCUCAGUGAGCACGCCGAACAUCGACCGGCUGGCCAGCGAGGGCGUGAGGCUCACCCAUCACUUGGCGGCCGCCUCUAUGUGUACCCCGAGCAGGGCCGCCUUCCUGACCGGCCGCUACCCCGUCAGAUCAGGAAUGGCGUCCUCCUCCAACCUGAAUCGUGACGUGGUCUGGCUCGGAGGGUCGGGCGGGCUGCCUCCCAACGAGACGACGUUCGCCAAGCUGCUGCAGCAUCGAGGUUACCGCACGGGACUCAUAGGAAAGUGGCACCAGGGUCUGAGCUGUGCAUCCCGCGACGACCACUGCUACCACCCGCUCAACCAUGGCUUCGACUACUUCUACGGGAUGCCGUUCGAGCUCCUGAGCGACUGCCAGGCGUUCCACACGCCCGAGCUGCACCGCCGGCUGAGGGUCCGGCUCUGGGUGUCCACGGUGGUGCUGGCCCUCAUCCCCCUGCUCCUGCUCGUCCCCACCUGCGCCCGCUGGUUCCCGGUCCCCUGGCCGGUGAUCCUGGCCUUCGCCCUGCUGGCCCUCCUGUUCUUCGCGUCCUGGUUCUCCAGCUACGGCUUCACCCGCCGCUGGAACUGCGUGCUCAUGCGGAACCACGAGAUCCUUCAGCAGCCGGUGAGGCUGGAGAGGCUCACCUGGCUCACGCUCAAGGAGGCGCUGGCCUUCAUCGACAGGUAUAAGCGUGGACCAUUCCUGCUCUUCAUCUCCUUUCUGCAUGUCCACACGCCUCUGAUCACCAAGGAGAAAUUUGUCGGGCACAGUAAAUUCGGCUUGUAUGGUGACAACGUAGAAGAGAUGGAUUGGAUGGUGGGAAAGGUCCUGGAGGCCCUGGACCGGGAGCGCCUGGCCAACCACACGCUGGUCUACUUCACCUCGGACAACGGGGGCCGCCUAGAGGCGCAGGACCGCAGCGGGCAGCUGGGCGGCUGGAACGGGCGCUACAAAGGAGGCAGAGGCAUGGGCGGAUGGGAAGGAGGCAUCCGGGUGCCUGGAAUUUUCCGGUGGCCAACAGUCCUGGAGGCAGGGAAGGUCAUUGACGAACCUACAAGCCUCAUGGACAUUUUCCCGACACUGUCUUACAUUGGAGGAGGCAUUCUACCACCGGGCAGAGUGAUCGACGGCCGGAACCUCAUGCCGCUCUUGGAAGGCAGGGUCUCCCGCUCCGAGCACGAAUUCCUCUUCCACUACUGCGGGGUCUCCCUGCACACGGCCAGGUGGUAUCAGAAGGACUGUGCAACCGUGUGGAAGGUGCAUUUCGUGACGCCCAGGUUCUCCCCUGAGGGGGCGGGCGCCUGCUACGGGAGUGGAGUCUGUCCGUGUUCGGGCGAUGUCACCUACCACGACCCUCCUCUGCUCUUCGACAUCUCGAGAGACCCUUCCGAGUCGAGGCCUCUCAACCCCGACAACGAAGCCUCGUUUGACUCCGUGGUGAAGAAGGUGGAAGCGGCCGUCAGACGGCACCGUGGGACGCUCACGCCGGUCCCUCAACAGCUGUCCACGUUCAACACCCUCUGGAAGCCGUGGCUGCAGCCCUGCUGUGGGACCUUCCCCUUCUGCGGCUGCGACAGGGCGGACGACAUCGUGUCCGCCGCGUGGUGAGCAGAGAGGGGCUGCUUCUUACCAACCAGCAACACGCAGUUACCACGGAGCUCUCAGCUGGCCCAUUCAGUCCUCUGGGGGUCAGACAUGAUGCCCUCUGUCAUGUUCCUUUUAAAUCCUCAGAUUUUAGAUCUUUCCUCAAGUCACAUCCAGCAGCAUGGUGAAACAAAAGCAGAUCCGUAUACCCGUGAAACUAUGGAGCAGUCAUUUUACUUUUUUUGGUAUGAUUGUGUCCUUGUUCAAGGAAGAAGACAGAUCAAGAGGACCUUCUGCAGAGCCACAAGACUCUCGAUGAUUCCUUCCACAAAAAAUUAUUAGAAGCAGCCCUUUCGAUGUCACUGUUUUAACUUCCACAGUGUUGUUAGAAAUGUCUUCAUCCAGAUCCUAAACCCAAAGACACUGCUUUUGUAUCCGAGCUUACACGAAUUUGGCAAGUUUCUUGUUCUUGUUUUGCAUCGUGGAGACUAUGAAAAUUCUCAAAAUAGGCAGAGAAGACACACAGCUACAGUAACGCUAUGAUAGUGUGGAUAUGUGUUUUUAAAACACUUCACAAAACUUAGAAGAAGCAAGUAGUCUCAGCUCUGUUUCCACAUGAGGAAAGUGAUUUUUGUCAUAUUUAAGUAACCGCACGAGAUUGUAUAAACGUUAUGGCAAAAGAGUAUUUAAGUUAUAUUUCUUUUCAAAACACACUGCAAAUAUGAUAGCAUCAGAUAGUAAAGUCUUGUCUGUUUCCCUUGGCUUUUCUUCAUCCUGCUGGGAGAGUAGGUAAGUCCUUGCCUUUAAGGCAUUGUGCUGUUCAGUCACUGAGUCAUGUCUGACUCUUGGCCAUACCCAUGGACUCGAGCACACCAGGCUUCCCUGUCACUCACCAUCUCCCGGAAUUUGCUCCAACUCAUGUCCAAAGAGUCCGUGAUGCUAUCUAGCCAUCUCAUCUUCAACAGCCUCCUCCUCCUCCUGUCCUCAAUCUUUCCCAGCAUCAGGGUCUUUCUCAGUGACUUGACUCUUCCCAUCAGGUGGCCAGAGUAUUUUGGAGCUUCAGCUUCAGCAUCAGUCCUUCCAGUGAACAUUCACAGCUGAUUUCCUUUAAUGAUGUAUCAUAUAAUAAAUACAGAUAUUUAUAGAUAAAAACUGU